AUGGCGAAUUCAUCCGGCUCGGUCUCGCUAGACCUAGAUCACCGCCAUGCACCCCCGGUCCCUGCUGGAGCCGAGGCUACGGACUUGCCAUACCGUGAGCUACAAGAGACGGCCAAUUUCGAGGAAUUCACUGCAGAGACCGCCAAUGGACAAAUACUGAAAUCCGUGAAGUCAAAUGUGACUGGAAAAACUGAAAAUUAUAAGCUUGUUACUUUCACGGUUGGAGAUCCAGAAAACCCAAAGAACUGGAGCAAAGCGUACAAAUGGUACUGUACCAUGGUGGUGGCUUUGACCUGCUUCGUGGUCGCCUUUUGCAGCAGUGUAAUCACGGCCGACUUUAAGGACCUUAUGGAGGAAUUCCACAUAUCCCAGGAGGUCGCUCUGCUGACAAUAACUGUCUUUGUCAUCGGCUUUGGUGUGGGACCAAUGGCUUUUUCGCCUGCAUCAGAACUAGUUGGUCGGAAACCUGUCUACGUUUCAACCGUGUUCCUUGCCGUUGUAUUCAUAAUACCCUGUGCUGUUUCGAAAAACAUAGGGACGCUCCUCGUAUGCCGCUUGAUCGACGGAAUUGCAUUUUCUGCUCCCAUGACAUUGGUUGGCGGUACUCUGGCCGAUCUAUGGCGCACAGAGGAACGAGGAGUCCCCAUGGCUGCAUUCAGCGCUGCCCCUUUUAUUGGGCCAGCAAUCGGACCGCUUGUCGGAGGUUUCUUAAGCGACGCUGCAGGAUGGAGAUGGCUUUACUGGAUCCAACUUAUCCUUGCCGGUGUCGUAUUCCUUCUCAUCACCUUCACCCUUCCCGAGACAUACACGCCCACCAUUCUCGCAAAGCGAGCUACAAAACUCCAGAUAGAGAAAAACGACACUUCUUACGUUACAGAGGCUGAUUUGGAUUCCCGACCAAUGGGAGAGAAACUGCGCAUUUUCAUGAUCAGACCUUUUCAACUUCUGUUCCUGGAACCGAUCGUCUUCUUUCUUUCUCUCUACAUGGCUAUGCUCUAUGGCCUCUUGUACAUGUUUUUUGUUGCAUAUCCAAUUGUUUAUGAGGAAGGGAAAGGCUACUCAGCGAGCACCACGGGCCUCAUGUUCAUUCCUCUGGCUAUAGGGGUAGUUAGCAGCGCUUUUUUUGCUCCCCUUAUCAACAAACAUUAUUUGACCCUUGUUACAAAACACAAGGGCAAGCCUCCAGCCGAAACCCGCCUGAUUCCUAUGAUGCUCUCCUGCUGGUUUAUCCCGGUAGGAAUAUUCAUAUUUGCCUGGACAUCAUAUCCCCAUCUCCACUGGAUUGGGCCUGCUAUUGGUGGCUUUCCAGUAGGAUUUGGCUUCAUUUUCCUUUAUAACUCGUGCAAUAAUUAUUUAGUGGACACAUACCAACACCAAGCAGCUUCUGCUCUCGCUGCAAAAACGUUCCUACGCUCGAUAUGGGGUGCAUGCUGCGUUCUCUUCACCACCCAGAUGUAUGACAGGCUGGGAGACCAGUGGGCUAGCUCGCUUAUUGCAUUCCUUGCUCUGGCUUGUUGCGCCAUUCCCUUUGUAUUCUAUUACAAAGGCGAUUCUAUUCGCCGACAUUCGAAAUAUGCAUAUGUCGAAGACGAGGAAAACUCUGAAAAGAAAUAG